CUCUUCCCUCCAGCUAAAGAAGUGAAGCGCAAAAAAACGCGAAACACUCGUUGCAAAAGUCCCACGCAGGUGCUCAGAUUAAAGAGAAACCGGCGAAUAAAGGCAAACGACCGCGAGCGUCACAGAAUGCAUACUCUGAACGACGCCCUGGAACGUCUGAGGAUGGCCCUGCCGACCUUUCCCGAGGACACGAAGCUCACUAAGAUCGAGACUCUCCGUUUUGCUCAUAACUAUAUCUGGGCGCUGUCACAGACUCUGGGCAACGCUGACAGCGGUGAGAUCACGGUGAACGUCGGCAAUGUUACCGUCAGUAUUACUGAGAACGGCAACAUGAUCACCUCGUCAACUGGAAGCUGCGCGGUCGCGGCCCAGAAGAGGCUCGGACCUCAACAUACCGCGAGUUUCCCGUAUCCACCUCAGGAACGAUUCGUCGCGCCAGAAUGGCAGGAAUAUGAUUGCUACAGCGAUCAAAGCGUGAGUCCACCGAUGCAGUAUCAACCUUGCUACGACCAGAGGAUGUAUCAGAUUCAUCGUCCUCAGCUAACACCGCCAUCUCAUCAUCACAUGCCUCAUCACAACAUGUACCAGUGUCUUUAGAUGUCAAAAUGCAGAUAAAUUUUAUUUAAUGGUUUAAAAAUGGGCUGGUUAAAUGAGCUGGUUUUUUCAGCGUUGAUUAUCUUUACUCAUAAGAUUCAGCUCAAUCUCUCUAUCUUAAUACAAAUAAUGGAAAAGAUACA